GCGGCCGCCGGGGCGGGGACGGAGGCGGGGGGGCGGCAACUCUCGCGAGAGCGCUCGGUGCCGGGGCGGGCGCGGUGCGAGCAUGGCGCUGCGGCGGCUGCUGCUGGCGCUGCUGAGCGACCCGCGGCUCGUGCAGAAGCUCUCCGAGGCGCCGCCCAUCCGCGCCGCCGCCCGCCUCACCGCCAGCGCCCUCAGCCGCGGCCAGAUGGGCGCCCGCCGCGCCGCGCGAGAGCUGGGCCCCGGCCUGGCCCGCUUGAGGGACGCCUUCCUGCGGCCGCCCGGCGGAUGGCCGGGGGCGCCCGGCAGCGGGAGGGGCCGCGGCGGCCGGCCCGGGGCCGAGCCGUGAGCGGCGGGCCGGAGCGGGAGGAGGAGGAGGAGGAGGGCCGCCGGCGGGCCGGAGGAGGAAGAGGAGGAGGAGGAGGAGAGGACCGCCGCCGGCGGGCCGGAGGAGGAAGAGGAGGAGGAGGAGGAGAGGACCGCCACCGCCGGACAGGAGGAGCCCCGGCGUGACGAGGCGAAGCUGCUGCCAUGGACUUAAUUCAGCGCCGGCCCGCACUCUCCACAGGACUCGGCAACACGCAGAGGACGGACUCAGCGUUAAACAUCAACCAGGAUACUGUCAGCAUUGUCACUUUAAGUGCUUGAUUAAGAAACGUGAAAUAAAGCCACAUUUCGCACCGGAA